AGAAAUUGUCGUUCCCGAAAUUGUCCCUUGCAAUAUAACAAAGAACAAAAUUAAGUAAUUUAAUGGAAUUAUGAAAUAUAAAUGUAGUUGCAUUAAAAAAGAAUUUGAACUAAACUUGAACUUAAAGAAAUUUAGUGAUGAGAACAAACAAAUAAAGCCUAAAACUUUAACCAAAUGUUGUAACGAAUGAUAUUAUGGAAAUCCGCCUCAUUGCAAUCAACUGUUGAAUAUUUUAAUUUUACACAAAAAUAUACUAACAAAAUGACAUAUUUUGACAUACCUAAGAAGCAUAUAAAAUAGAAAUAUAAAAAUAAAAAUAAAUAUACGUUUAUAUAGUAUAUGGAAGUUGACGCACCAAAGUGAAAAAGAAAACUAAACUAACUGUAUCUGUACCUAAGAGAUAUUUUUUCCUGUUUUCAGCUCGACGAAAAAUUAAGCUAAUAUAGCUUAUCUCUCGCUCGAUAUACAAAAACAUUAAUACAUAAAAUACUGUAAACACUAUAUUUAAAUAUUGUUGAUAGCAAAUUUGAUUGAAUAUUUUCUAGUAAUGAUACGCUAGUUCUUGUGUACAGCACCAUAUUUCUUGAGAACUUUCGGGUAGAUUAACCUUAGUAUUAUGCAUUCUGUACAACUGCACUCACAGUUAUGUUUGUUGAGCCGAUACUUAAAGAAAACUUUCUCUAUAUAUAUAUAAAUUGAAGCAUCAAACUCAUAUAUGGUAUACACUUAUAUAAGAAUGUACAAGUAUUAUACACAAAGCGCAUACAUAUGAUACAAAGGAUACAAUACCCAAACCGAAACCCAAAAACACAGAAUGAGAAAGUUAAAGUGAAAAUGAAAAUGAAAAUAAAGCAGCCGGUAAACGCAAGAAAUUAAUGUAAUUAUGUAUGUUUAAUAAAACGUUUAACUACCGAGUGAAGUCUAAAGACAAAAGGCACAAAUUCUUUGGCCAACCAUCUGUGUUUGCUCUUGGUCUCUAUAUAUAUAGUAACCUAUAUAAAUCGGAGCACUCGUUCGCGGUGUGCAAAUAAAAUGCGCCUGGCGUUCGUUUGUUGGCUGCUCUGCCUGGCUGUUGGUCAGAUCAAUGGAACACCUGUGUAUUCACCACCAAAAGCACCGGCCGUUCUGCCAAUGCCAAAAGACAGUCCCCGGAGAGUUCCAGCACCGCCAAGACCUGUUCCUAGACCACCACCGCCAAGAUUAACACCACCGCCGCCCAGGCGACCUCCCAUCGCACAGCCCACCAGGAGACCAACAAUUCCACCUCGCAAGACCACCAGAAGACUGCCCAUCACAAGGAAACCCACAAGACCGAUCCCGAAACCACCAGCAACCCAGAGACCUACCAGACCAACUGUUGGGCGAACCACUCGAAAGUUUUUAAUUUGGUCGCGAGUUCCCACUAGACUUCUACCCACUAGACCAAAUAUAAGGCCUACGCUCUGGACAAGACGACCAGUGCGUCCUCCGUUGCCAACUGUUCGUCCAACGCCUCCAAGGGUGCGUCCCACCUUAUGGACAAGACCUCCUAUAAAAAUCACAGCUCGACCCACCAUUAGACCUACGAUUAGACCCACUAUUAAACGCACUUUAUGGACAAGAACUCCAGUCAAACCUACUAUUCCCAUAAAUCGGCCUACUACAACUCGGCCAACAAUAAAACCCACUAUAAGACCCACAAAUAGAUCUUCAAAUCGACCCACCCUUUGGACAAGGGGUCCUAUUGGACCCACCUUGGCAACAAUUCAAUAUCCAAAUCCCACUCUAUGGACCAGACCCCCAGUUAGAGUUACGAAUCCUACACCUCGAUCUACACUAUGGACCAGAUCUCACAUCCAGACGACUAGACGUUUAACAUUUAUUUUCAUUGAGCCCUCGCCUACGCCUUUAACACCACGGCCAAUUCGAAACACUAGACUUCCAAACCCAGACAUAACUCGAUCCACUAGAAGGCUGAUUUUUGUAUUUCCAAGAGACACUACGGCAAUCGCUCGUCGUCCCAAUUGGACAGUCCAUCCAACAGUUACGAUUGUAAGAGCCUAAACAAAAUGAAUAUGCGGAAAUAAA